CUGUUGAGAAUUCUUGGAAUAUUCCGGCGACCCAGAUAAGAUUCCGGCGAAACUUUGUGAUAUCCGGCCAGCCGGCCACCAUUUCAGAUUCUAGGAGUUCUAUUAGAAACUGAAAAUGGGGUCUAAGUGGAGUGUUAGAUGAACAAAAGUAGCAUAUUCUGUUGAGAGUUCUUGGAAUAUUCCGGCGACCCAGAUCAGAUUCCGGUGGAACUUUGUGUUAUCCGGUCACCAUUUUAUAUUCUGGGAGUUUUAUUGGAAACUGAAAAUGGAGUCUAAGUAGAGUGUUUGUGUGUGAGGGUGGGGGUGGGUUGGGGGGGGGGGGUCAAAGAAGGUUGUGGUUGUUUAAAAAUCUAAUCUUUUUGGAAAUUUUUAUGUGAUUUUGGGCAAAUGAUGGUGAAUGUAUUGUGAAGAUAGAUUCCAUGGGUUCUUGCCAGAGUAUUGAAGAAGGCAAAACAGGACAAAGACCAGAGAGUAAGUCAGUUGUACAUGGAGUUGGUUCAUAUCCCAACAAGAGAAAUCCUGUAAGUCAACCGAAGUUAAAAACACCUGAGGGACAUGACUCUAGACGUAGAAGCAGCAUUGUGGUAAUACCUGAAACUGUCGAAGACCUGCAGCAGAAUCCAGGGAUUAGUGAUCUUGAUAUCUUCAAGUAUGAAGAAAUGAAAAUGGCUACGAAACACUUUCGACCGAAACAGGUUCUCGGAGAGGGUGGAUUUGGUAUCGUCUACAAAGGAGUUAUCGAUGAACAUGUCAGGCCGGGAUACAAGACCACUUAUGUUGCCAUUAAGGAGCUCGAUCCAGAAGGUCUUCAGGGUGAUAGAGAAUGGCUGGCAGAGAUGAACUAUUUGGGGCAACUUCGACAUCCAAAUCUAGUGAAGCUGAUCGGAUAUUGUUGUGAGGAUGACCAUAGACUACUGGUUUAUGAGUAUAUGGAGUCUGGUAGCCUGGAGAAGCACCUUUUUCCAAGAAUGUGUGCUACUCUAACAUGGUCAAGGAGAAUGAAAGUUGCUCUGGAUGCCGCGAAAGGGCUUGCUUUUCUUCAUGGAGCUGAAAUGCCGGUAAUAUAUAGGGACUUCAAGACCUCAAACAUUUUGUUAGAUGCGGAUUUUAAUGCAAAGCUUUCUGACUUUGGACUUGCAAAAGAUGGGCCAAUGGGAGAUCAGACUCACGUAUCGACUCGUGUUAUGGGAACUUAUGGUUAUGCCGCUCCAGAGUAUGUCAUGACUGGACAUUUAACAGCCAGAAGUGACGUUUAUGCUUAUGGGGUUGUUUUGCUUGAGAUGCUCAUUGGAAGGAGAGCAAUCGACAAGACUAGGCCUAGCCAGGAAUACAACCUUGUAGAGUGGGCACGUCCGCUCCUGAAUCAUAACAAGAAGCUCUUUAAGAUACUCGAUCCUAGACUCAAAGGACAAUACUCGUCUAAAACUGUCGUAAAGGUUGCUAGUCUUGCCUAUCAAUGCCUCAGCCAAAACCCGAAAGGAAGGCCAGUUAUGAGUCAAGUAGUUGAAAUUCUUGAAGCCCUUCAAGUACCACAAGGCAAAGAUUGAAAUAGUUUGUAUAAAAUCUAUCUACUUAUUUGUAUUAUAGAAUCUUGGAAGACAUUAUGUCCUGUAUCUAUUUUCGUUUCUUAUC